AUGUCAUCAGGAAGCUCCAGGAAGCGAACUGUGUCGUGGAGCGAGAGCUCCCUGGCGCGCGAGUCGCACGCGACCCCCUCCAGACUGGCGAGCAUCCCCUCCCCCGCCCGCUUCGUCCUAGUUGUCCUGAGCAGCCUUACUGUGAGCUCUGUUCUGUUUACAUUUACCUCCUCAUUGACGGCGGGCGAUCUCGGGCCUAUCAGCAAACACCUCGAGGAAUGGUGGGAGGUCGCGGGUUUGAUCGGCUGGAGGGCCAUAGAGGUCGGCCUAGCUUGGAUUCUUGGUUAUGAUGGCCGCGAUGUGGCAUCGUUCCUAUUCUUGACCCACAUGCCAACAUACUCUCUCUUGACUUUCUUCUAUGGCAUCCGCCCGACCUCAGCACUGAUCACAAUUGGCGUCACGAUUGCCUCGACAGCACUUCCGUUCGCGCUCCUGCGCCGGCCCUCGCGUGUCCACGAUCUUUCGCAUACGCCUGCCGAUGCAAUCGCCAAUCGCAACAUUCUGCAGGACAAAACUACCACGGUCUUGACUACGAUUCUCGCAGCCUCAAUUUUCACCGUUGUGCUCUACACCAGCUAUGCGACUUGGCUUCCUGCACGGUUGGUCGUUCACUUCGAGGGUCUGCCGGAUAUCAGUGCUGCGCAUGCAGGCCCUGCCGGCUUCCCAGCGCUCUUUCUGACGCUGAUCCCUGCUGGUUGGGCGGCGCGCGACUUUUUGUUCGUCAGCUCCACUGGCUAUUCGACUCGUGCCACGCAAUCCGCCAGCUGCCAGGGCUUGACUGGCAGUAUUUGUCGCAAUACCUGGGGCAAACUGUCUACCAAGACUAGAAUUUUGAUCUCGCGGUCCAUUGUUCUUGCCCUUGGCAUCCAGUUGAAUACCAUUGUUCAGGUGGCGGGCACAGUCAGAGAUGUCUCUGUUGAGGGCGCGGCUACUUGGGGAGCAGUCUGGGCUUUUGCGUCUGUCGUUACAGGAGCAGCAUUUGCCUGGAUCGAAGCUGUCGAUGGUGUAUAA